UGGCAGGUCUUCGAGCGAAGUCCCCGCCGCGCCGGAGGCGCGGAGGCCCUUUACUGCGGCUGCCGUCCUAGCUCAAGUCCGCCGGGUUUAGAGAGGCCUGGGCCUUAGUCUGCGGAAUCGGUGGCAUCCCCCCGGCCUUCAACGCCCUUGGGGAGAGGAGGGCGCUCCUCUGCUAGGUCUCAGGCGGCGGCAGGAGCAGCUCUGCCUCCUGGACCUCCCUUCCUGCCUCUCCGGUGACGGACGAAAAGUCCACUUGGAAUUUUGAUUCACCGAGUGACCUUGAGCUCAGGGCGACGCCUACUUUGUAGUUCCUGGCUGCGCUUGGCCAUUCAGGAACUUUGUGAGAAUUUCAGUGUAUGGAAAUACCAUCCUUGUUCCAACUGGUGUAUAUCCAAAGGUCUCAGUGUAAUACCAGGACCAAAGUGUUACAUGUCAGUCAGUCAGCCAGCCACAUACUUAAUGACUUCUAAAAUCUCAUGGACUUCUAAAGAAGCACCAUGGCAUGUGCUGCUGUCAUAGUUCCUGGGUUGUUGCGAAGCUCUGUUGGCACCAUCUGCGCUCAGGCUGCUUCGCUGAGAUUGACGUCCGGUGCUUUGCGCCACCUUACUCUCACAAGCAUAAUGAAAUCCAAAAGGAAAACUGAUCACUUGGAGAGAACUGCAAAUGUCAUUCGACGGGAGGUCGUGUCGGCCGCUAAGGUUUGUGGGGCUGCUGCUGAGUCGCCAUCAGUGAAAAGGCUCCACCUGCUUGUUGCUGAUAAAGAUUUUUCUUUUAAAGCUGGCCAGUGGGUUGAUUUCUUUAUCCCAGGAGUCUCUGUGGUUGGUGGGUUCUCAAUAUGCUCCAGCCCCAGACUGCUAAAACAAGAGAGGAUGAUAGAAUUGGCAGUGAAAUAUGCGAACCACCCCCCUGCUGUCUGGAUUCACAAUCAGUGUACCCUUGACUCUGAAGUGGCCGUGAGAGUGGGUGGAGAGUUCUUCUUUGACCCUCAGCCUGCAGAUGCCUCUAGAAACCUGGUGUUGAUUGCAGGAGGAGUCGGAAUUAACCCUCUGCUGUCCAUCCUGCGGCACGCGGCAGACCUCCACAGAGACCAGGCGAACAAAGGAAGCGGCUAUGAGGUCGGAACGAUAAAGCUCUUCUACAGUGCAAAAAAUACCAGUGAACUCCUGUUUAAGCAAAAUAUCCUCGAUUUAGUAAAUGAAUUUCCUGAGAAGAUUGCGUGCAGUUUGCAUGUUACCAAACAGACUACACAAAUCAGUGCAGAACUGCAGCCAUACAUCACAGAAGGAAGAAUAACGGAGAAGGAGAUAAGAGAUCAUAUUUCAAAAGAGACUUUGUUCUAUAUUUGUGGCCCACCUCCAAUGACAGACUUUUUCUCCAAGCAACUGGAAAACAGCCAUGUUCCCAAAGAACACAUUUGCUUUGAGAAGUGGUGGUAGGGAGCAGGCAAAGGUAGAAGAGAGAGAGCUGUGAAAUCUUCUCAGGACAGUAACAGAGACAUGAUUUGUGGCACCAUGAAUUUACCUCUCCUCAGCGGUUUUUUUGUUUUGUUUUGUUUUCUUUUUUCUUUUUUUUUCCAAGGCUGAACUAAGUAAGUGACCAGCUGGAGCAUCAAAGAAAAACCAGCCGACAGACUUCAAUGAUAAACUUUUUGCCAAGACUUCAUUGAUUAAAUAUUUUUGCUAUUUUGAGUUUCUUGUAUUAAUAACUGUUUGAUUAUCUCAUGAUGCAUUUUGAAUCGGUCAAUAUAGAUGUUCUUUCCUCUUAGGGAAAAAAGAGACUAUCCUUAAACUUAAUCAUAUAAAAAUGUUCUGUGUGUAAGAUAUAGGUUGUCCUUAUUUGGUAGCAACCUAUAUAUCUUAUGUCCAAUAAACUUAUAAUUUAAACACA